UCGAGUGACUUCACUGUUCAUUUCUGUUGAGAUAAACUACUGAAAAGUGAUCUAAUCGAGUGUGGUCAAACGUAUGAAUGGCGGGCAUUAGGCAGGAUCAUCCAAGUAGUUCAUUGUGAAUCCGUAGACAGGAGAGGAGGGAGGGGAGAACAGCAGUGGAGAGAGAGUCGAAGACCGAGAGGCGCACGAUCCAGCGCUGAGAGCCGUCAACGAGGAAGUAUAACUCAACCUGUGAGGUGGAGGGAGAAAGAUCAUCUCUGGAGUUCCUGUAGAGAUCGCCACCCACCAAAACGCGCGGACUGGUUACGCACUGGGAGAUGUCAGGGGAGUAGUAUCAGCAAUCAUGUGCCUUAUUGGCACCGAGCCGGUGCCACCUGAGCGGUAAGGUCUGUGGAGAGGAGUAACGCGCAGGAGGAGGGGUAGACAGUCUGGCAGACAGGUGCGACUCCACAGCCUCUUUCAUUUUCUCUCGGUCCUGUGAAGUGAUACGGAGCCAUGGAUACCCGCAAGGAAAACAAGGUAAGAAAGCAGCCCAUGAAACCAAAAACGACUAAGCGGAAGGAGAAGAAAUACAAAACCGGGAGGUUUGUUAGGAGAAAAUCGCUGCGAUCUUUUGGGAAUUUCAUGGGAAGGAUCCUUAAAACUUUGGGCACUUUAGCGCACUUUGGCGACGCGGAACCGCCGGACGCGGAGGACGACGACGGCGGCUUCGGCCAAAGCUCAUCGGGGGGUUUCAAAGAUGAGUGUCCGCAGAUGUCCAGGGAAGGGACCGUGAAGAAGAGCUCCACGGUCUCCUCCACUCACGGCUCGGUUAGAGAGAGGCUGUCGUGGUGCUACGGCGACAAGACUCCGGGGGUGCUGGGGCUGAAGAACCACGGCAACACCUGUUUCAUGAACGCCGUGGUCCAGUGCCUCAGCAACACGGACCUGCUGGCCGAGUACCUCGGACUGGAGCAGUACAAGUCGGAUAUAUGCCAAAAGAGGGUGAACGGGGAGGUGAGAGGCGAGGAGCAGCGGAACGUGAGGGGAGAGGUGACCGAGCAGCUGGCGUCUCUGAUCCGAGGGCUGUGGACGCUGGAGUACACACCGCAGCUGUCUGUGGAGUUCAAGAACAUAGUGGCCAAAUAUGGCUCUCAGUUUCGGGGAAACUCACAGCAUGAUGCUCUGGAGUUCCUCCUCUGGCUUUUGGACAGAGUUCACGAAGAUGCCAAUUCCCGCCCUGACAACAAUAACAGCAACAGCAGCAAGACCAAAGCCAUGACAAAGGGACCCAGUUCAAUGGAGAAUCCCUCCAGCCCCCCAUUAGCCAGCAUGCAGCAACCUCGAGGUCGCCACAGUUUUGUCCAGGAACACUUCCAGGCUCAGUACAGAUCUUCUCUGACGUGCCCUCAUUGCCUUAAGCAGAGCAACACCUUUGACCCGUUUUCAUGCAUCUCUCUGCCCAUUCCCCUCCGACAAACCAGAGCAAUGUGUGUGACGCUGGUGUUCAGCACGAAGGGUCAGAGGUAUCUGCGGGUGGGGCUGGCAGUGCCUCUUUUUGGUUCCAUGUCCUCCCUGAGAUCUAUGGUAGCAGCGGAGGGCAACAUCUCCCCGGAGCAGGUCAUCCUAUCAGAGUUGUACUCCACGGGGUUCCAGCGUUCUUUCGCAGAUGACGAUGACCUGACUUCAAUUGCUGACAGCGAUGUUGUCUACGCCUUCCAAGCCCCUCCCUUCUCUAGCCGUGGGGGCUCUGCAGCACACUCAGGGUAUCACCACAGCCUCCCUUCCUCUCCCUACACCUCCACGUCUGGACCCAAUGGUCAGAGGUUACCUCCAUCCAGCACCCUCUCCUCUGAAUACCUAAACCAGGGCACCUCCACAAAGGUCCUCCUUCUCCUCUGCAACACAGCAGGGUCUGGUCAGCAAGCUGUCAGGUUUGGUCCUCCAUUCCUCAUGGUUGAAGACAGGAGUAUCUCCUGGGACCAGCUGCAACAGAGCAUCCUCAGCAAGCUCUAUUAUCUGAUGCUGAAUGGAUCUCAGACCCAGAAUGCCGGGGUGCUGUUUAAGAUCAGAGUGGUGGGAGGGUCGGCAGCCUAUAGCUAUCUGUCUCCACAAGAUAGCAAGCCAUUGUACCACCCUGCCGUUGACAGAGCUCUCAAGUUUUGUGGCCCUGGCGGACCUCCCCAUGUGAAGCUAGUUAUUGAGUGGGAGCACAGUUCUAAAGAAUGCGUGUUUGGCAGCAUCCAGGAGGAGGUUGUGAAGGAUGCAGAGAGUGUACGUAACCAGCAGCAACAGCACCUUCAACAGCAUAGCUGUACUUUGGACGAAUGCUUCCAGCUGUAUACCAAAGAAGAACAGCUUGCCCCGGAUGAUGCCUGGAAGUGUCCCCACUGUAAGCAGCUUCAGCAGGGGAUGGUGAAGAUGAGCCUGUGGACACUGCCUGACAUAUUAAUCCUUCACCUGAAGCGCUUCCGACAGGUGGGCGAGCGAAGGAACAAGCUGUCAACCCUGGUGCGCUUCCCCCUUACUGCUCUGGACAUGGCCCCCCAUGUAGUGAAGAGAACUCAGAGUAUGAGGAACCUGAACCUGGGACCGUCCACACCAUCCCGAAAGCAGCCCUCAGGACAACACCACCAGUCUGCUGACAUGCUCUUGCCCCAUGACUCUCUGUAUGACCUCUAUGCUGUGUGUAACCAUCAUGGAGGAAUGCAUGGAGGACAUUAUACCGCUUACUGUAGGAAUUCAGUGGAUGGUCAGUGGUACAGCUACGACGACAGUAGUGUAGACCUGGUUCCAGAGGAGGAAGUAUGUACCAGAGGAGCUUACAUCCUUUUCUACCAGCGACGCAACACCAUUCCUCCAUGGUCUGCCAACAGCUCCAUCAGAGGCUCAACCAGUUCAUCAAUGUCAGACCACUGGCUAAUCAGACUAACAGGGGACAGUAAAAGAGGCAGUGUGGUGUCUCGUUCCUCCACAACCUGCCCGUCUUCCAUACCUGACUCACCAGAGUCUCCGGUCUUCCUUGAUAAUGGUUUUAACGGGGAGAGAGGAGGCUUUGAGAGCAGACCAUUUGUCAGGGGUCUUCAGGGGCGCAGCCAGAGCAUGAGAGCCCCCAGCAAGACCAAGGAGACCCUGAGCAAAGUCCUUCCCAUACGUUGGUCCUUUGGUUCCAAGGACAGACGAAAAACUGAUCCAGUGCCUACUCCAGUCCAAGAUUCAGCCCCUGUGGAGCUAGUACAGUACCUGGAAUCUGGCCGCCGACCACGGUGCACAAAGGAUUCUAUAGUAACACUGAUGAACGAACCACGCAGCAAAAAGGAAGUUGCUGAGGCUCGCACUACAACUAACACUCGAUCAUCCAGUGUUGGGAAUAUGAGCUGUGUAAGCAAAACAGGAGAGGAACCACUGUUUCCAAAAGUCCCGGAGGGCCAGAGGCGUCCAUCAGAUAAGACAGCCAGUCUGAGACGCAACAAAGGGAGCCAGACAAGAGACGAGAGCACAGGGCAUAUCACAAGUAGUUCUAGCAAUAACACCCUUACCAGGAAGAAGGACGCCAAGAAGCAGAGCUCCUCCAAAUCUUCCCAGGAUACUGAGGCAAAACAGAGUUCCAGCACUGGAGUUCAGCCCAGCUACAGUACACCCAGUCUUCAUGAUGGGACUCUGAGAAGACAAAAGGGGGACAGGGUUGACAGAGAACACCACAGCACAUUUGAAGGAAACUCUAAGACCAAGAAAGAAGUGCCUAAGAGCCAUGACGGACUGCGCUCUUUCUUCAAAGGUAACUUUCUGAAGAAGGAUAAAGACCCAAAAAAGUCCAAGGAGGGUGAGUAUGGUAGAGUAGGAGGAGAGGAGGAAGGAGGCAAAAGAACCUUGCCAAGGCUGUCCCUGUCUAAUGGAGCGGCGGGAGGCAGGACUGGAGGGGAAGGAGGCAAGUCUAAUGUUUCAGGCCAUCUGGUUGAUCAACUGGCAAACGGGAAGGUGGGACGAACCACGGCUGACAUCAAACGCUCCCACAGCUCCUCCAACAUCCCCACCAAAGCAGAACACAGCAUGCGUAGGACAGCAUCUUUGCAUCGCAAUGGGAUGUCUGCGACAGCAUCGCGCAGCCUGACAACAGACAAACCAUCUUAUGGCACCCUACAGAGGACUCGUUACAGCACAACCUCACUGGGACGUAAAAGAACGGUCCCCGAGUCUAGCUUCUGACGCAGGGACAUGUAACACAUCCACACACCUUUACCUGCUGUAAAAUGAAUGCCAUCCAAUCUCCAAGAUCAAAGCAAUAUAGCUCCAUUCACAGCACAACCUUUUGUCCCCAGAAAAUUCACUGACUCACUGAUUCAUUUGAGAGGUUUUCACCAGGGAACUGAGAGAUAUGGAGCAAGUGAAGGAUCCAUGCUGAGGGAUAAAGAGCAGAAUAACAUGAUGCGAGUCCAUCUCUAUUCUGUUUUUAUAUGACUUAAAACAAGUGCCUGAGUAACUAAUAUGCAGUUUAGACCAAUGACUUUAAUGUCUGUUUCACACUGGAAGCACACAAAUACACACACACACAUACAAACUGCAGGAGUGAGUGUUGGAAUUCGCUCCAUUUGGAACUCUUAUGGUUGUUGCUUACAAUUAAGACACACUGAUUGUGGUCACCUAUUAAUACGAAUGUACUGUGUCCACUUGAUUAACUGUGGUGCUCUGAGCCUCCAGUUUUUGAUUAACAUCUUUACUCCCUUGUUUUGUGUGUAAUUUAACAAGUGGCUUUGAAAACAAUGCUCUGUUUUUGUAAAGCAUUGAUUUGUUCCCAUACUGCAGUUUGGGUCAUAUGAAUCAUAUCAUAGCUCAGCCUAAUCUCUGGAAAGCCCACAUAUGUCUGUUAAUGCAAUAAUAAGAUACUAGCUUGAUUUUACUAUGACACUGGUGUAACCAAUCAUCUAAAGUUUCUGAAUGGUUUCCAAACUUGAGGAAUUAUGUGUGGACUACGUGAAGGUGGUGACCACAGAAAAGCACUUUUUUUCCUCUCAACUCAAAAUACACAUCUCAAGCUGUUCUAUAGAUUCUGUGGUUGGCUGAAAAAGCCUAGUUUUAGAGGAUGUGCCCCCACUGCAGCUGCUCUUAAAAAUCACUGGUUGUUCUUUGAUUAUGAGAAAUUAUUGCCAGAACGUGACAUUUACUCAUUUAUUUUUUUGUUUUUUAUGCAAUCAAGUUUUACUGUAGCAGAACUGACAGCAUUGCAGUCUAACAUUGACAGAAAGAACUCCACAAAGCACCAAAAUUAACACAAAAGCGUUAUGUCUGUGUAAAGGAAACGUGGAGAAUUUUAAUUCAUUAUUCAUAGAAUAACCUUUUGCUUUAAAGAGAGUUGCAAUAUACAUUGAUGUAUGUCUAUUUAUCUGUGCAUUUACUGUGUUUACAAUAAAUCAAGCUCACACAAACUAGCCACCAGCACGCAGAGUUUUCUGCAGAGAAGUGAGCAUUAGUUCAUCUUCUCGCAGCACAAGCCAUGCCCUGAAUCGGUGAAUAAUCAGCAUCAAUACAAUUUUGUACACAGUUAUAUAUAUUAGUUGUGCACAUUUCUGUGACUCUCUGUGAUGCCUAACUGCACGUCACUGAUGAAGGACUUGUGCUGUGUGCAACAACAGUUAGUGUCAUUGUCAGUCCAUAACAGCCCACAUUUUAAAUUGUCAGUAAUAAUUCCCUCCUUUGUUUUUCAUUGUUUCAUGGUUAAAAAGUAAAAACAAACUCCUAGUUAAAUGAUCUAUUUAUAUGAUAUAUAUUUAUUAUAUAUCUAUAAUUAUUAAACCCACAAUGAUGAAUCGUUGCCUUUUUAACACAUUUCCAUUAAUUGUGACACAGUAACUGCAUACAUAACAGCAAAAUAUCUAUUUUUGGUGUUUCCCUUUACUCCUUGUUUGUUGAUCAAAUCCAGGCAUUUUCUGCUGAGUAAGCUGCUGAUUUGUGAAUCCGGCAUAAUGAAGGAUUUAGUGUGCACUUUACCUUUCACAGCUUACAAUAUUUUGACACAUGGUGUAUUUGUUCAUUGAGUGAUGCCAUGCACAUAUGAUUUUUUUGUUUGUGUAUGUAAUCGGUGUUAUUAUUAUUAUUUUUAACUCUUCUACUCCUUCAAAGAGCAACGUGCAUUCAUACUCAGGCGGUUGGUCGAUUACAUGAAUAAAAUGCACCCUCCACUUAGAAGUGCUCUAGUGGGAGUUGAGCACAUUCAAGGUCAAAUUACAUAACAAAAGGCAGUGUACUAGUUUCCCAUUCCUUAGAUGCCUCUAGCCACUCAAUCAAUUCCAUUCAUGCCCUACAUUCAUGUUUGCACAGUGUGAAUGAUUCAUUUGCACUUUACACACAAGGGGACCCUCCCAAGUAUAUAACACUGCUGCUAAUGCGUAAGUAUUGUGAAUAUAACUGAAUGACAGUCCAUUACAACGUGUCACUCAGAAGUACCAGUACUGAUCCUGAAAUAUGCUAGGUGGUGAUUGAACAUCUACAAUUUGGAAUUAGUUAAUGUAAUGGUUCUACAUGUAAUUGAACUAAUAUUAAACUGCUAUAAAAACUAUCUAAGCACUCAGAUACUAAACACGGAUGUUUAAUUUAGUUCUGGUCUCUUGUCAGUGCUUGAAACGUUAAUUCACAUUUGACCACAUAAAAUGUAAAAACCAACACUGUUAUUCAGUAUCUGAAAAAUAUGUGCUUCCAUUGCCCGUGUAACAAUGAAUACUAGCUUUACUUUAAAUAUGCUUUCUGCAAUGAGGAUAUCUUCAUUUCUAGUCUUUUUGUUCAUUUGAAUGUGUUUAGAGUGUCACAUUAUUGUGACAACCCAAAUUACUGACUAGAACAAGAUGUUUGUACAAUAUGGAGGUUUAUUGGUAUCAAAACAACUGUCAGAGUCAUCAUGAGUGCGGCAUCCUUUUGUAUUCUGAUUUCUAAAGCAGCAUAUCAUAAGCCCACAAUAUGUCUGUUAUGAAGACAAACCCACCAUUAGAAUUGAGUAUGAUUUACUGCAAAUGCUAUAUUUUGUUUAAGAUUUGUACCAACAGGAUAAACGUAAAGUACAGCUCCGUUUAAUGUAAUGCCCUUCUGUGGCCCAAAACUAUUACAAUUAAAACGUUUAAACAGACGUUAUCAUUGAAGCAAACUCUUCUAUGCAGAUUACCAAUAUGUAACUCAUUGUGUCAUUCUUCUUUGUAGUUCAAUACUGAAUUUACUUUCUCUCAAGUUUAUGCCAAGGUUACAAGUUACAGUUCUUCAAAACAAAACAUUGACACUCUAUAACACAAGAAUUUUAAACCUGGCAUAUGAGAAAGUUUGACUUCCAUUUCUAAGAAUGAUGCAGACAUACUGUGUGUUUAUGCCAAAUGAUUUCUAAAUUACUAAGGUCAGUGUAUAAAUAGGUUUUAAGGUGCAUUCGAGUAGCAUCUAUUGAUUUUAUUUUAAUGCCUUUAUCCUCAUUAUGUCUCAAUCCCAAAAAGCAUGUUAUUAUUUUUCCAGUUCUAUUUCUCAUAUAUUUGAUUAUUGAUAACAAAUCAGAUUUUUAAUUUUUUUCUUGACUUUCUUUCAUUCCAGUAUUUUUUUUUCCAGCUAAUGAACAACAUAAAGGUUAGAGAAUGUGCAACUAAACCACACAGCUCCAGGUUUGGUUUUCUUCUUGAAAUGUCAAGAGGGAUUGAAGGUGCCAUUGUUUAACUGCAGCUUCUGUUUAUCUGUCCUCCAAUCGUCCCACUCAAGGACUCAAGUAGCAUAUUUAACAAAGCAGAAGUAAUCACUAUAAUCACACAGUUGAUAAAAAUGACUUCUCAACCCAAGAUCUGUGUUUUCAAGAGCCUCUACUCAGUAAUUAGAUGGCUGCGGCUUUGAAUUAAACAUGACGUAGCUCCAAACAGUCAUACAAAUCCCCAUCCUAAAAAAACUUUUUAAAAAAAAAAAAAAAAAAAGCUUGAGAAAUCUCUUUUCUGUUUCACAAUGGCAGAGAGCUUCCGGUUAAAAGUGCAGUCUCUUCUCCGUCACUCUAAAUUAACAGAUAACUAGUGGUACAGAAUGAAAUAAAUUCACAAGGUUUGUUUGUGUUUCCUUUCUACCCUUCAAUUCAUGUGGCCACAUUUACAGCACGCUCUGUUUACUCUGCCAAACUGAGCACUUCUUCUGUCAACACAACUCUAGUAGGGUUCAAGAUGUUUUUAUAUGCAAGUUUUCUACAUUUUCUAAAAUAAAUGUGUGUAUAUUUGUGGAUACAUGCUGACAGAAAUGUGUGAGUUUGUGUGAGUGAGAAGUGUGAAUAAAUAUGACUGUAAAUAUGACAGCCUUGUGGGAAGCAGUGAUUGGGAAUAAAUGUCAAGAUGUCAAAAUGAACUGACAUGCAAUGUAUUUCAUUGUACUGAAUUGGUGUAAAGAGUACGCUUCUACUGUAACACUACAUUUUCUGCCUGAGUUGUUCCUGAUGGUAUAUUAUUUUUAUAUUUGAUAUGCUAUAUUUUUCCCAUUCAACCAAUAAAUAUAUAUAUAUAUAUAUCAUAUUAUAUAUGA